GUGCACACACUAUACACAUUCUCGAGAGCAAAGUUAGAAUAUCGAUUUAAUCGAGAAUUUGUAAUAAAGUGAUUGUAGUCUCUGCGGCCGACACUUGUGUUGGAAUUUGUAGCACCCGAGGAUUAUUUCUAAUAUAAGAAUAUUCCCCGACUUGCUGGAGUUGUUUAUUUACGAUUGAUUUAAACUGGACUGAAACAGAAUUAUUCCGCAAUUAAAUUAAAUCGAAGAAAUUGGUAUAGACGUAUUUAACCCCCCAUUCUACGUCUGAUUGGACCUAACAAUAUCACAAUGAUAAUUAUCUUGAUCUUGUUGUAUUUGAUUAAUUACGAUAAAAGGCGAACUGAAUCAGAACUAUUCAUGUAAUAGAAUUAAAAAUGACAAAUUAUGUAAAGAUGUAUUCAACCCCAUCUACGUCUACUUGGUACUAACAAUUUUAUUUCCGGUCAUAAAAUUCUAUCGAUUAAAUUUCCGGAACCAUAGCCGCAUGACCUUUGGUUAGUCAAUAGACUAUUCAAAUGAGAAUUCUUUUUUUUUUUAUUUUAAAUCUGCGGGUUUUUUUUUCGUUUUGGAAAUUUUUCCUCCAUGCUUUUUGGUUAGAUAAAAGACUUUCGUGUAUGAAAGAAAUUCUUUUUUUGUACAUUGUAUCUCAUUAAAAUUUAUUGAUUUGGGAAUUAUAUGGCAAAAAAAAUGAUAUUCUAGUGAGGGAACCUAUUAACCCAUAAAAAUGAUAUUCCGGGAGCGAGGGGACGUGUUACCCCACAAAAAUACUCAUGUAUACAUUAUAAGUGUUUCCAUCAAGAAAUCAAAAAUGGAAGGAGAGUGAUUAUGAUGUAGUGAAUAAUCUAAAGUAAUUAUUUUGAAUGUCGCGGAGACUAUCAUUAUCAGCAACACAUAUAGAGAGAACACAGAGUCUCAUCCGGCAACUGGGACAUGGGGGACUGUAUAUAUAAAGCAAGUGUGGGAAAAAGAGAGUCUCCCUCUCAUUUGGUUUAUAUUCUACAGUAGCUUAUCUCACUUUACUCCUCUCUAGCACUUGCUUUCAACUUCCUCUCCAUCCAAUAUUCCCAUGGGUAAAUUUGUUUACUUGAUGCUACUUCUUGUUCUCCCUGCUUCACUCACUGAAUUGUUUCAACAACCCUUCUGCUUUGUGAAUGGAGAUACUGAUUUCAUCCAAAAAACAUGCAGAACCACCAGGUACUAUGACCUCUGCCUAUCCUCCCUCGAAUCUGACUCCGCCAGCCUGCUAGCUGAUACGAGAGGUUUAGCAGUUAUCAUGGUUAGGAUCGGAGUGGUGAAUGCGACUUCCACAAAUUCUUACUUGACCUCCCAACUAUCCCCUCCAAAAAAUACCAAUACCUGUAGGAAUGCUGCAUUAAAGAAAAGGGUCCUCAAGGGAUGUGCAGACAAGUAUUCUUAUGCUGGUGAUGCACUGAAAUAUGCACUUGAAAAUCUGAAAGACGAGUUAUACGAUUAUGCGAAUAUGAAUGUGAUGGCCGCGGCUGAUUAUCCAGGUGUUUGUCGCAAUGCAUUUGAGCGAUACCCGACUCUGGUCUAUCCUGACCAACUGGCACUGAGAGAGAAUAGUUUCAAGCAAAUUUGUCAAGUGGUUCUGGGAAUUAUUGAUGCUCUUGGUUAGUGAUUAAAUCUUCCUUCAUUCAUCUAUUUAGUGUUGUAAUCAUGAAAACAAUGUUUCAUUUCUGCCGCUGAUCCAAUCUAAUCAUGUUGAACAUGUAUGUCAAAAGUUGAACACAGUAUAGAGAUUUGAUGCUUAAUAUACAUCCUUGUGUAUUAUGGUCAAGCAUUGUGUAUCUUUAUUGUUGUCAAACCCCGCCUUUUGUUCCAUAUAGUAUGUAUAUGCUGACAUCAAGA